CUCUCGGAGCGAGAGGACCAUCUGAAUAAACAUUGCAGUGUUUGUAUAAAUUAUCGAAUUCGACGAAGAAAAUUUUUAUUGUUAUUCAGCUAAAAAUACAAAGUACCUGACCAGAAAUUUCUGUUAGAAUUUGUUAUAUAUUUUUAAGGAUUCUGUGGUUUUGAUGAAACGGAAGUAUUCUGCGAUUUGUAUCGAAAAAUAAAAACCAUCGAUUACAAUAAUUCCAUUAAGUACCAUUGAAUAUUAAUUACUGCUACACAUCAAUAACUCAGUCAUGGACAAGAACAGCAUCUCAAUCAAAGCCGGCAGUGGUGGCAGUGUUUCGUCUGGGAAUAAAAGUUCCAUCGUAAGUGUCGACCCAAAUUUAGAUGCAAUGGGACGGAAAAUCUUGCCUGGAGUUGGAGGACGGACCAAUGGGCUUGGGUACCUCAAAGCUGGUUAUUUCUUGGUCACCACGAUGGUGGGGGCGGGCUUCUUGGCGCUGCCCAGAGCUCUGGCUGAUGCAGGGUGGAUCGGAGUCCCCUUGAUCAUCCUCUGCGGAGGAUCGAUAGGAUUCUCUACCACAAGACUGGGUAGGUCGUGGCUGCUCAUGGAGGAGAGGUGGCCGCGAUACAGAGUGCCGGCAAGGCAGCCUUACAUGGAUAUUGCUGAAGAGGCUUUUGGAUCCAUCGGCAGGAAAAUUUGCUUCGGUUGUGUGAUAUUCACCUUGGUUGGCUACGGCAUCGCCUUCUACAUCCUCAUGGCCGGAAUGAUGAACAGCCUGGUGUCCGAUGUUAGCGUUUGUGGAUGGAUAAUAAUUUUUGCCGUAAUCGCGUGGCCAACAACUUUCUUCGGCACACCGAAGGAUUUUUGGCCAAUUUCUGUUUUCGCGGUGGUGGCAACGGCCAUUACUAUCCUAGUAAUCCUGAUCCAGCUGUACGUGGACAUCCCGCUUCAUCACGACCAGCAGUACCCUAAUCCUACAAUAGUAAGCUUCUCCCUAGGCUUCAGUGGAAUUCUCUUCGCGUUUGGCGGAGUGUCCGUCUUCCCGACGCUUCAGAACGAUAUGGAAGACAGGCGUCAGUGGUGGAAAAGCGUCGUGCUUGGAUUCAGCGUUGUCUUGUGUCUGUACCUGCCGAUUGCCAUCUCUGCUUACGUCAUCAUUGGUGAUGCUGUGAGCUCCAAUAUCCUAAUGGAUAUUAGUGAAGGAAUUAAUGUGACGAUUGCCAUGGUCUUGGACAUCAUCAACUUGCUGCUGACGAACAUCAUUUGCUUCAAUCCGGUGGCGCAGGCUUUUGAGGACAUCUUCAGAGUGCCAAAUAGUUUCAAUUGGCGACGAGUCGUGUUGCGCUCGUCUAUUGUCAUAUUUGAAGCCACCGUGGCCCUGGGAGUCCCAGACUUUGGAGCGAUCCUGAAUCUGAUUGGUGGUUCGACGAUCGCUAUAUUGAGCUUCAUUUUUCCCCCUUUGAUGUACAUGCGUUUGAUGGAUAUGCAGAAAGACAAAACUUGGGAAGUGGAAGCAUACGAAAAAACAAUCCCUCUGUGGGAGCGCAUUUACUUAUGGAUGAUCGUUGUGGUGGCCGCCAUAGGGAGCAUCACGUCCACCGUCUCUGCACUCAUCGUUAUUCUGGACCCCGACACUCUUGGUGCUUCGUGUUUCUCGAAUUUUCAACUCUCUUCGUCGUGAUUAUGCGCAAUAUACGCAUUAUUUUGCCAUACUUAUUCCUUGAAUAUUACAUUCGAGAACCAAUUUGUGCGUUCCACUGCAGUAAAAUUUUUUUCGCUGCAACGUUUCUUCUCAAUCAUUGAAGUGGUCAGUAUUAAUUUUCUAAUCAGUAACACGUUGACUCAAUAACAGGGUAAAUAAUGAAUCUUAUGAAAUUUAUUAAAAACAAGGUGUGUAAUAGCAACUUUUUCCGUCAUUAAUAAAGAAACUUCCAAACCCGUUUCUUUACGAGUAAAAUCUAGUAUGAGGAUCUGCAGAAACCCUUUAAUUUUCUGCCAAGCCGAGAUCAAUUUCGCACGUCUGAUAUUAAAAUUAAAUGUUUUAGCAAUAAGAUUCACAUGAAAUCUUUACUGUAACUAUAUGAUGCACGUAACCUUUUCA